AUGAGGGACGCUAUCACUUGCGAAAACUUUAAAAUGCUGCUUCGAUUAGUGACUUUUCGGUCCAUUGUUACUAAUCGCACCGUAACUUGUCAUACCAGAAAGAUGAAACCAGGCACAUUUUCUGCUUAUUCUAAUGGGGGCUCAUCACCGCCUUCUCAGUCCUCAAACAGCAGUGUUGCAUCACCUCAUUUGUUGUAUAAUUCAGUGGAUUUGUGCGCAGUUGGUGCUUUGAAUGCUCAGUCUUUGCUCCAGCAGCAACAGCAGAGAAGGGAGAAGCGGGCGACAGGCUUACUUUUAUCAAAUGAGUCGUUAAAUUCACCGGCAGCCGCAGGUACAGCUGGGACUUGUGCGUAUCCUGCUUGGUCAUCUGCGUAUACGACAUACGGUAUUAAUAGUAACAAUGAGGCACAGAGCCACUAUCAGAGCCUUGCACAAGCAUUUCAUAGUCAGGACCAUUAUCAAUCCAGAACAUUUGUUCCGUUGUUCUCGAAUUUUGGACAGGCUUGUAGUGGCGCUGUGCUCCAGGACGUGCCUCCUCUUAAUGUUGAUGACUUGUCUGAUCCUCUCAAAUUACGCACUGACCAGAUCGAUUUUGAUCCUUACCAUCUGAUGAAGUCAAUUUGGUCUGAUUUGGAUGGCGAAAAAACGGCUGGUUCCGUCGACAGUGUUACAGCAGUUGCAACAGCAUAA